AUGGAGCUCCCGGCUCUAUAUAAACAUCCCGCGAGCCGCCGGCUCAGCGCGCUGGGGACGGACCGGACCGGACUCACCCCGCACGGCACCACUCGGUCCCGGACCCUGCCCGGCAUGAGGCGGGCGCUGCUGACCGCGCUGCUGGUGUCGCUGCUGCUCUCCCCGCUGCGCUCCGCCGGGCCCCGCAGCAGCGCCGAGGCCGCGCCCCGCCCGAGCCGGUCCCUGCGGGGCCCCGCGCCGCGCCCCGCGCCGGCCCCGCUGCUGCGCGCCCUGCGGCCCGUGGGCGGCCUGGCGCGGGCGAGGCGCGAGGAGCCGCCGCUCUCCAUCGACCUGACCUUCCACCUGCUGCGCCACAUGCUGGACGUGGCGCGGGCGCAGAGCCAACGCGCGCAGGCCGAGCAGAACCGGCUCAUCUUCGACGCGGUGGGCAAGUGA